AACAUGCAUGUUGGAAGAGCACAGAUUCAAAGUGCAGACCUGUGAGAUGGCUUGCUGGCAGUUUCUUGGGCUCCUGUUUGGCAGUUUCUUUCUCAGUGUUGCAGCAAGAGCCACGCUGGGCGUUGUGCAAACUGAAGGCGGUUUUGUGGAAGGCACCUAUGAAAGAGAUGGAUUGUUUUCAUCUGUGGACAUUUUCAGAGGAAUUCCUUUUGCUGCCACCCCAAAGCGAUUUGUGAAAGCUGAACCACACCCCGGAUGGCCUGAUAUCCUGACGGCUAAAAAAUUCAAACCCAGGUGUUUCCAGGCAACUUUGACUCAGGAUUCUGUUUAUGGGAAUGAAGAUUGUCUUUACCUGAAUAUUUGGGUCCCACAUGGGAGAAAAGUGUCCACCGAUCUGCCUGUUAUGAUUUGGAUCUUUGGAGGAGGUUUCUUGAUAGGAUCAGGGCAAGGAGGCCACUUCCUGAAUAACUAUCUAUACGAUGGGCUGGAGAUUGCAUCUCGAGGCAAAGUAAUAGUCGUGACCUUCAACUAUCGGGUUGGUCCUCUGGGGUUUCUGAGUACAGGUGAUGCCAAUGCACCAGGUAACCAAGGUUUAUGGGAUCAGCACAUGGCCAUUAGUUGGGUGAAAAGGAAUAUUGCUGCAUUCGGUGGAGAUCCAACUAGAAUCACAAUCUUUGGGGAGUCUGCAGGAGCUGCUAGUGUCUCCCUGCAGACAUUGUCACCAUACAACAAAGGAAUAAUAAAGCGAGCAAUUUCACAGAGUGGGGUUGCUACUUCUUCCUGGGCAGUUCAGAGGAACCCGUUACAUUGGGCACAGCAGCUUGCUAACAAGGUGGGCUGUUCGAGGAAUGACACUGCUACCAUGAUGGCCUGUCUGAAGAUCACCGACCCGAAAGCUGUCACUCUGGCUAUUCCUUUAAAACUGAUAAACUUAGAAAUUCCUCUUGUAUACUAUCUGAUAUGGUCUCCUGUCAUUGAUGGAGACUUCAUUCCUGAUGAGCCAAAGAAGCUCUACCACAAUGCUGCUGAAAUUGAUUACAUCGCCGGUGUCAACAAUAUGGAUGGACAUCUUUUUGCUGGCCUGGAUGUACAUUCAAUCAAUAAGGCUGGAAAAACCUACCCGAGUGAUCUGAAUAAUCUCAUUCGAGGACUCACCGUAGACACAAAAGGACAAGGUGUUGACAUCACUUAUAAGCAAUAUACCAAGAACUGGCCUUCCAGUCCAAGUCAGGAGACCAUUAAAAAGACAAUCGUGGAUCUGGAGACAGAUGCACUCUUCUUGGUGCCCACUCAACUGGCACUGGAUCUUCAUUAUCGCCAUGCUAAGGGAGCACAAACCUUCAGCUACCUGUUUUCUCACCCCUCCCGGGCUCCUAUAUAUCCUAAAUGGAUGGGCGCUGACCAUGCAGAUGAUCUGCAGUACGUCUUUGGAAAACCAUUUGCUACUCCGCUCGGAUACCGAUCGAGGGACAGAGAUGUCUCAAGAAGCAUAAUUGCCUACUGGACCAACUUUGCCCACACAGGCGAUCCAAGUAGGGGCGACUCCGAAGUUCCCACCGCAUGGACCCAUUAUACAUCAACAUACACUCAGUAUUUGGAGAUUAACAAGGACAUCAACAUGGGCUCUAUCAAGCAGAGACUUCGUGCCGAGAUGGUUCACUUCUGGAACCAGACCUAUACCACUUUGCUUGUCACUCCUUAAACCUGUGUGUAAGGGUCUGAUUAGUUUUCAAUUAAAAAAAAAAUUAAUUUUGGACAUCUUCUAGAUGUUGAAAUUUGUCCUAUAUUAUAUCCCAACUGCAUUCAGAAAUAGCUCAUCAAUUACAGAACACAGACGCUAAUUUGUGUAAAUCAGCUGUUCGUAGAAGGAAUAGCUGGAGGUGAACAGGCAG